AUGUCUUGGGAAAGCCUAGAUGUAUCGAUUUCCGCUGGUGACGACUGUGUAACCAGUUUACUUACCCCUAAGAAGAUUCAAGAUAAUCCAGUUUUUCAAUUAGACAAUGUUGCCAUUGUCAAAGCAACGCAAAAUAAUAGAUUUAGUUGUAAACUGACCAACUCCGUUUUAAAGAGAAGGUCCGGCUGUUUACACUUUUUAAAUAUUGAAAAAGAACAAAUUUUAUUUUCUAAGUUUAACCAAAUGCUUAGAUAUAACAAUGAACUAAAAUAUAGCGCUAAAGAAAUACAUUUAUUUCAGAAAAUCAUUGAUGUAAACGUUGACAAACAUGAAAAAAAAAUAUUUUGUUCAAUAGCGGUAAUACCAGAUAGAUCAAAUGAGGAUCAUUGCCAGAUACUACUUUUAAUGUCAUCCGGACUAUUAAUGAGAAUUACUCAUCUAAAUUUAAGAGAACUACUAAAGGCUAUUGAUGGCGGUAAUAUUCCAAUGUUAUCACAGAUAACAGAUAACAUUCGAGUACUGAGCCAUGAUAUUUCUCAAUAUAUUGAUGAGCCCGUUUGUAUGACAUAUCAACCUACCUUUGAGUUAUCGUAUCUUUUAGUGAUUGGGGGUAAAGGAAACGAACCUUUAUGUGUUUUAGAAAUUCCAAGUGAAGACACCUACAAUGUAGUUCAUUCGAUUUCUUCUGAAUUUUUAGGUACUUCGAUCUGUAAAUGCUGUCUUGUUGAUCGCAAUUUGCUAUUGGUCCUCCAUAGCGACAAAUCUUUAAGCCUUUGGGCUUGUUCGUUACUAACCUUGUUCAUGAUGAAAUUAUGGCAAGAACAUAAAGUAGAAAAUUUCUUAUGUGGCACCGAUUCCUUGAAAAUCCAUAAUUCUGUAUUUAGCUACCGCCAGAAGCAACCUAACUCGCAAAAGCUAUUUAUCUUAUCUAACGAAAAUGAGAACUAUUUCAUUCAUGUCUUAUCCAUGCCGUUCCUUCAUAAGAUAUAUAGCGUUUCAGCGUCAACUUCGACAUACUUAAUUGAGAUGAAUGGAAAUAAGGAUAAUGUCUUUUUCAUUGAAAGUCGAUCAUUCAGUGAUGAUAAUAGCUUACCUGCUAUGCGCGUAAAAUCUAUACGGGAAUCAUCGCCGUCUCAAAGAUUUAGUUACCUACUCCACAAAGGAAGAUAUCAGGAAGCGCUCGACUUCGCUCAUUUAUAUCAAUUUGGCGAUGAAGAAAUCCAGCUCGUUUAUAUGGUGAAGGCGGAUUGGCUUUUAGGAAAAGCGAUCGCAAGCGAAGCUAACUCCAAUCUCUCACCUGAUACCCCAGGAAAUUUAUUCAACACUUUAACAGAAACGCUAGAUAAUAUAAAGAGUAACGCCGACAUUGUUAGAAUAUGUUCAAAUUCAGGACUUUCAAAUGUUGAUCAUGUGCAUAAGCUCUUAGUAUAUGCUAGGAACAGGCUAGAUAAACAAAAUGCAGUACCUGAUAAAUUCACCAACGAAGAAACACAGGAACUUAAAGGACAAAGUAAGCUCUGUGGUUGGGUAAUACGAAUUGUGAAGGAUAUGGAGGAAAGGCUUUCUUUUGGAAUACAACGUACGAACAUCGACGAAGAUCAGGUCAACGGCACAAACAAUUUCGGAGAAAUUCGAGAAUUGGUCACUUAUCUCGCAGAACUAGAAAAACUGUAUAAAACAUACAAUUGCAAAUUGAAACUUGAAGAACUAAAAAAGGCAACUCCCAGAUCAAUAAUUUUCAAUUUACUAGAGAAUAUAAAAGCUGCGGAAUUAAUUCCCUCGGUAGUAAACAGCAGCAUUAGAAAAUACAUGACAGACUAUGGUGUAUCUGAUGACAAAGUAUUUUCGGAAUAUAUCAAAGAAUGGUUAGACAAGAUAUCUUACAAUUCAUUACCUGGAGCUUUAUGGGAAACCAGAGCGGUUGCUGUCGUCAAUGUCAUAAGGAAUAAUCAAUAUGUAAUUGAAGCUACCAUGGAAAUUAUGCGGCAUGCUGGCCUGCCUUGGAGUGAUAAUGUUAAGGCUCUUGUAGAAAACUCGAUGACUAUAGAUCAUCCGAAAAAGCUUGAAAUUGAAAAUGAAUACCGUUUAAUUGAAGUUAAGGAAAUCUGUCAAAAAUAUGGAAUCGAUAACUUCAAUAUUUCAGACAUUAAUCAAGCAGAAAGAACAUUGCUGCGAAUUUGCCAUGCCGAUACAUCUUUCCAAAUGAAGUUGCUCGAUGCAAAAAAAAGUUCUGAGAGCAUCGAAUUACUCAAAGUACUGCCUAGUGAAGACUUGCCUUCUGUUAUCAGAGAAUUCUUCCAGUGGAUUGCUAUUGUUCUAAAUGAUGAACCACAUCCUGACCUGAAUGACACUGAAGAACGAAAAGCAAUUUUAGAGACAACGCUAGUAGUCCUUAAGUACUUGUUAUCUUUCGACUGCUCCUUAAAUCACGAAGAACUUAAAGAAAUGGAAGAUACUUUCCGUGCUGUGUUAAAAAUUCAAACUAAAUUUGGUAUAGAUUUAUCUCUGAUCCACUACGAAAACCCAGAUUACCGCGAAAUAAUAUUUAAUAACCUCUUCAUUAAGAGUACUGAUCAUUUCAUAGAGGGAUCUUUACGAAAAGAUGAUCCUUCGAGUGACCAUGACUCAAAACGGCAACUGUUCAUGCCGUUCUUCACUGAUGAUGGUCUUGUUCUUAAAUCAUCCAUUGUCGCUCCAAUGCUUGCUCGCUAUAUGAUAUCUGUUAUACCUACCAUUGAAGAAAGCGGCUGCAAAAAUUAUUAUCAGGAUCGCAUUCAAGGAAAAUUUCAGAAUGGAUUAGAUCCGUUGACGGAAACUUUCCAUUUCGACUCUAUCACUAAAAUGUGCACUGCAUCAAAGAAUUUAAUAGAUUAUUUAAGAGAAAAUAAUCUAGUGGCUUUAGCAUUUCAGGUGACGAAUCAGACUAUAGAAGCGUGUGCGCAACAUUUAACGCUUAAUAGCCACAUUCAAAACAUGGAAGUGAAAGGAAGCCUUUCUGAAUUAUUAGACCAAUACAUAAACGAAGAAUUCAGUCCUAAAUUACUGGAUUUUGCAUUUUUUCUUACAAGAAAGAUCUGCUACCGCUGUAGCGACGAUAUUGAACUAGCUUUCAGCUAUGCAACAAGUUUACCCGCAAAUAUAGCUUGCAAUAAGUUAAAAGAACUUUGUGACUCAGUUGAAAGGAGUUACCGCAAAUUACGUGUUGUAUCGGUGCUUGGAAUUUUAUUUACUAACUUCUAUAGCUGCCCAACUGACACUAAACUAGUAUUUAAACGAUUCUAUCUGGAAGCAAAAUGGUGCCGGUUGCUUUCAGAGUUAAAAAUUGUUUUAUCGCCGAAUUUUGCUACGAAAGAAAGGAUGACUGGUGGCCAAAGGCGAGUUUAUGAAAGUCAAAUAAAACUCAUCAUAUCAGAGAUCGAUAGUUCUGAGUCAGCCGCAAAUACUUUAAUUGAAGUUUUCAAGAAACUUAAUUUUUAUGAUUACGAACAUGCAACAUUUAUUCUGGCUUUACUAACGCGGUUCUGUAGUCAAACUGAAGCGGUUGAUAUUGGAAGGGCACAAAGACUACUUGAUUAUCUAAUUGAAUACAAACGCACGUUUGAGCCUUCACAAUAUGAAUUAUCAUUUACUUUGGAUACUGAUUCCAGACAGGUUCAGGAAUCUGAUAACAUUACCAGUCUAGUAUUGGAUCCUUUAGCCAGACAACGAUUACCUCUGCAUCCGCUCUUGUAUGGAGACCAGUGGAAGAUUAUAUCUCCUGAAUUACAUUAUAGUACCAUUGGCAAACUCAUACCUAUAGGAAAGCUUCUAAAUAUGUCUACCGAUCAAAUGCUCGCUAAUGGGAUACAAAAUACUAUCAGUAAGGCGUCUGACUCCUUAUUAACAUUGGACAGCGACAAUCACUACUUUGCUGAACAAAUUGAAGAGUUGUUACAACAGAUUGAAUCUAAUGAAGUUCUAAUUGCAACUGCAUACAACGUAAUCAAGCAACUUCCUUUAGUACCUUUGAAAAUCAAGUUAAUGAAGUUUUGUGUUAAGAUAACUGAAAUAUGGAAAGCUUCUACGAAGGAUAAGGUUGAGAAAAGAAAAGCCCAGUUAAGUAACACAAAAUUGAUGGAAAAAUGGUGCUACGAAUCAACUCGGUAUCAACUUUGUAUUGCCAAGCUCGACAUCGAGCCAUACAAUUCACUCGUAAAUAAGCCAUCACAAUUAAUUCGUGAAUUGUAUAAUCAUCAAUGUAUUUCUCUUCUAACUAAGGAUCGUGAAACUAAAGUUCCAGAUAUUCAUGGUAUCACCUCAGCCAUAGCUCAAAUCAACGGAAUUGACAUUAUUAAGAUGAGAAUGCAGCUAAUCGAGCGAUGGCUGGCUGUGCCUGAUGAGUCCACGUUUUAUACAGAGGACGAAACUGAUUACAACAACUCUAAAGAUGAACCAUUAGCAAAUUCCGAUUUAUUAUCAAUGAUUUACAUGGCUGCUCUCGACGAGCAUCAAAUUCUUCACUCAGUGGAAGCAUUUCGAAAGUGUGACAAAGACGGUUUGAUAAGAGGAAUCUUGAGAAAUUAUAGCGACGAGCCAAAGAUUCACAAACUACGGCAUACUAUUUGUGAAAUAGCCACAAUUCCCUGCUUACGACAGCUAAAUUGCUUAAUAAAAGUAUGGUCCGUAGUCAUAGCAAAUAUCUACGUCGGAAACGAUGUCGAUAUGAAGAAAAAAGAACUUGAACGUGUAGCACAACUGCUGAAAUGGUGCCCCCAAUUAGCUGAAAUUGAUCUCACAAAAUUUAGCGCCGACUUGGAAUCAGUUGGAUGUUAUACUUUAGCGCUCGAUACUAUUAUUACUAUGCCCAAGUCCAAGCAUACAAACAUCAAAAUAAAGGUAUUACUUGAUAAGUAUUGCAUGCAAAUUCUUGAUGGAUUAUCGGAUGCAAGUAAUUUUCCACUCCAGAUCGGCAAGCUGCAAAGAACAAUAUUUGCUUACAUCAACGAAAAUCAGUUAUUUGAGGAAAUUUAUCGGACGAAGUAUUUCGAUUCCUUUAUCGAUUUCUUAUUAGAAAGUGGUGAUGUUAAAGCUAUAGUAGUAAAAAGUGUUGAAAUCGGGAGGCAAGCAAUUCUUUUACUUAACCAGACUACUGAAGCUAUUCAAUUGGUUAGUGCAUAUACUUCCAGGUGCGACAAGAACGACUAUUUAGAGUACAUUAACAGAUCGCUUCCGUCCAAUGGUACAGAUCUGUUGAAGAAAUUUCUGAAAUUUCAUGGAGUGGAUGCUAUGGAACCGUCGUCUUAA